AUGAAUUCUUGCAGACGUUUCACUGAAAGAUAUCCGAAUCCGCCUGGGUUGAUGACAUUCACGGGUGCGGCAAUGAGAAUGGCAAGACUAAUGCUCGAGAAGGAGACUGCCGAUGAUCGCACAAUGGUGAUUGUAUCUGAUGGAGAGGAGGACGAGCGUAGAGGAGCCUCAGAAGAUUAUGGCGGAACUUGCGACGGAUGCGCCCCUCAUUGCGAAUGCUCGGAAAGACAAUUCACAGAAGCUGAUGCAGUACGUUUUACAGUCAAAUGUCAGCUUAUGUAA